CCGGGGCUCCCUCAUCCCCCCCAGCGGGCGAUGUUGCCGCGCCACCGCCUCCACCUCCUGCUCUUCCUCCGCACCCUCCACGGCUCUGCCUUCAGCAUGGGUGACUGGGCCUCCCGCCUGCCGCAGGCGAGCGAAGCGCUGCCCGGCAGGACCCAGCGCAUGGCGGUGCCAGAUAAACAUCACGUCAAUGGGAACAGAAUGGUUGAACCUUUCCCAGAGGGAACACAGAUGGCUCUGUUUGGUAUGGGGUGUUUCUGGGGAGCUGAGAGGAAGUUCUGGAGGCAGAAAGGAGUGUAUUCCACUCAAGUGGGUUAUGCAGGAGGACAUACCCCAAACCCUACCUACAAGGAGGUGUGCUCAGGCAGAACUGGGCACACCGAGGCCGUCCGGGUGGUGUUUGAGCCACAAAACAUCAGCUUUGAGCAACUGCUCAAGGUCUUCUGGGAGAAUCAUGACCCGACACAAGGGAUGCGGCAGGGGAACGACGUCGGCACUCAGUACCGCUCGGCCAUCUACACCUUCUCCCAGGAACAGAUGGAAGCUGCCCUGAGAUCCAAGGAAGAAUAUCAGAAGGUGCUGAAGGAGGAAGGCUUUGGCCCCAUCACCACGGAGAUCCGGGAGGCUCCUGAGUUUUAUUAUGCCGAGGAAUAUCACCAGCAGUACCUCAGCAAGAACCCUGGAGGGUACUGUGGCCUGGGAGGCACAGGCGUUUCCUGCCCCGUGGGCAUCAGGAAAUAGCCUGUGCUUGCUCCACCACCUCCUCUUCAUUGUACGGAGCUUGGGGAAAAAAAAAGUCCAGCAGCCCUGGUGGGUGUUCCUGCAGCAUCUGUGGAUAAAGAUUUGGGAAUCUGCUGGGGAGGCUUUCCAUAAUCAUAAGUUUUCUGUUUGUCGGCAUCAAAAGCCAAAGUAGAGGCAGGAAUUGCUCCCAUUCUUGCUCUGUGCAGCUCCCAGGGUUUCCUUGUCAUCUGGAGAGGUGGAAAGAGAUCCAAAUUUCUGAAGUUUGGCUUGAAAUGCUGUUAAAAGGGUGAAUUAGGAGGUGGUUGCACCGGUAGCUGCUUUGCAUUUCCAAUGCCUUUGGACUUUUUGAUUUUCUUGGGUUAAUUAAUUUCCUGAUGUUCCCAGAGCUUUGACUUCUGGAGAUGUGGUUGGGUUUCUUACCUGUCACAACCCUGGAAUUUGAUAUCUUUGGGAAUGAUGAAUUGAUCAGAUCAGUAAUUCUCCCACUACAACUCCACUUUCACAGCAUUUAGUACCACCUGUAGUGCCUAUUUUAUGAAAUUAUUUUAGCCAUAAAAAAUGAAAUUGUCAUGUGACGCUUCUUUUUGACAGUUCUAAGAAGUGAAUAAACACAAAAAGAAAUCAGUUUUGUUUCCUGCUCUGCAAUAAAUGACAUAACAAGAAAA